AUGGAUCUAUUUUUUUUAAUCUUAGGUCUGUUAGGUUGUGGAGCAAUUACUCGUCCAUCUCGAAUCUAUCCAUAUAGUCCAGCUAAUUAUGAUUUUAAUUUGAAUACACCUGGAACAUGUAUGCUAGCAUGUUCAGCAGCUGGUUAUGCAUAUGCAAGUAUAUCUGCUGGUCGUUUAUGUUUUUGUGGUUCAUUAUCAGCUAAUAUUUCAUUGUUAAAUUCAACAACAACAUCAUGUCAAAUUGAUGUAUGUACAGGUGAUACAAAUGUUUAUUGUGGUGAUAGUGAUUAUGAACUUGUUUAUGCAUCAAUUGGUGUUAUUGAUUCAGCAAAUAUUAAUUUAAUCGGUAGCACAGCACCGAUGGCAUUACAAAUUAAUCAAAAUUAUCAAUUUGAUGUUGGUUAUCAAGGUGCAGUUAGUUAUAUUAAUUAUCUUAUUGAUUUUGGUGAUGGUACACAAACGGGAUGGUUCAGUGGAACAUUAAAUACGACAACAGUAGUUUCGCAUAUUUUUUCAAAAACUGGAAAAUUCUCAGUAUCAAUGGCAGCUCGAUCACUGGUUGGAAUGCAGCCAAUAAUGUCUGCAAUGACAGUUAAAGUUUCUGAUCAAAUCUCAUCACUUGAUGUAUCAAUAACAUGUCCAUAUGUAACAACAACACUGCAGACUGUUUCGUGUACUUUUAUAUCCGUACGUGGUACUGAUUUAACGGCUGAACUCAAUUACAAUUCAACAAUGCCAUCUUAUUCAAUUUUUAAUAUUCCAAAUGCACAAUAUUACACAUUCGGUUCAUCAUAUGUUACAUAUAAUCCGACAAUAGAUUCGUCAGGAAAUUUACUUACUGUAAAUGAUGUUGUUAUUUUACCUCAAAGUAUUAUUACUAUUGCUGGUCGAUUAUCAUCAAUACAAUUUUACAGUUCAGGUGCUGGUACAAUCAAUAUUUAUUUACUUCGUCGUAGUUGUACAUCACCAUUGACUUAUUGUUAUGAUACAAAUACAUGUAGUAAUUGUACGAAUACUUGUGGUAAUUGUUCAAAUCCAUAUUCAUUACAAUGUUCAACAAAUAUUUAUUCAACAAUAACUUAUUUAUGUGUUAAUGCAUCAUUAAAUCAACGCUUUCAACAAUCAACAUAUUCAAAUGCACAAUUUGAAAUUAUUGCUCAAUGGGCAAUAACAACAACUGGUACAAAUUAUCAACAAAUUAUUGCAAAUACAUCAUUAAAUAUGAUGAAUCAAACAGCACUUGUUGGUGAUAUUUUAGCAUUUCAAGGUUUAGAUAUUGCAAAAAGUCUUUCAAUUGAUGGAACUGAAGAUUAUCGAUGUAUAAAUCCAACAAUAACAAAUAAUACAUUUACAUGUACCGUUGGAAAUUUAUCAUCAAAUGGUACGCAAUAUCGAUAUUUACUUCAAACAACAAUAAUACAAGCAAUACAAAUUGCACCAAAUACUAUUUAUGAUAAUGUUGGAUAUUUCUCUGUUGAAGGUCGAUUAACACAAAAUAAUCUAACAACAUAUUCAGCAUCAACUACAUUACCUGUUGUUUAUGGUAUUGCAUGGGUUGAAAUUAUUGGACCGUCAGUUGCAAGUGUUAAUGUUAUUUUAACAUUUAUGGUAAAUAUAUAUCCUGUUAAUGCAACAGCAACGAAAUAUAUAUGGUUUAUUAACGGAAAUAAUACAUUAAAUUCAACAACAAAUACAAUGAAUAUAUCAUUUUCAUCAAGUGCUACAUAUACUAUUGGUUGUCGAGCAAAAAAUCUUCUAUCAAGUAAAUAUAAUUCAACAUCAAUUACUAUAGUAGAUUUUAUAACAAAUUUUACAUUACAUGCUGGUAAUAUAACAAAUGUUUCAACUUCUCAACCAUUUGAAGUAGCAAAAUUUCAAAUAAGAAUGACUACAGGUAGUAAUUAUGCAUGCCGUAUUAAUUAUGAUACAUCACAAUUAGUAAGCAGACUUUAUUAUUAUACAUAUGGUUAUAUCCCUGGAAGUUAUGUUACUCAUCAAUAUUUACUACCAGGAGAAUAUAAUGUUUUCGCUCAUUGUCAAAAUGCAAUGAGUAAUGCAUCAUAUUCAUUCAUUCAUUAUGUACAAUAUCCAAUUGUCGGUCUUCAAUUACAACAAAAUGGCGUAGCAAAAAAUACAAAUUAUCGUUUGAAUUUUACCAUAGCUCAAGGAACAGCACCACAAUUUCAAAUCAUUGUAAAUGGUGCACAAGUUAAUUAUACAUAUAAUGAACAAUAUAAUCUUGUUCAAACAGAUUAUUUUCCUGGUCAAUUAUCAUCAAUGAAUUAUACUGUUGAAAUUUAUGCAUGGAAUUAUUUAUCAUCAAGUUAUCUAUCUAAUAUAUUUUCAAUUGUUUCACCUAUAGUUAAUCCUCAAAUACGAUCAUCAGUUAUGAAUACAUCAUUUCCAGGUCCUAUUUUAUUUGAAUAUACAAUGGAAUCAGGUUCAGAUAUAGAUAUAUUAUUUUCAUUUGGUGAUAUACUUACUAAUAAUUCAGUUAUAUGUCAAUAUUAUGGUGAUUAUCCAACAAAUAUAUGGAAUUAUUGUCAAAAUACAAAUCAUACAUUUCAAAUUCCUGGUACAUUAACAAUUAUUGUUGCUUUUACAAAUGCUAUUAGUACAGUGUAUAAAUAUUUAACAGUAACAUUAACAACAUCAGUGAAUCCAAUUGAAGUUGUAACAAAUUUACAAAUACCAUCAAGUCAAUGUGUAGCUGCUUUUAUUGAUAAUCGUGCUAUUGCAUCAUUUGUUAUUCAAUCAACAAAUGGAAUAUCUAAACCAGCUUCAAAUGCACAGCUUAUUAUUAUACCUGAUUCAAUUAAUCAACCAACAGUUACUCAAGGACCAUUUCAAUUAACAUUUAAUUAUUUUGCAUCACCAGCAAUAACUUCAAAUGGACUCAAUGUUAUUUAUACAUCACUUGGAAAUUAUACAGCUGUUUUUCAAGUUAGUAAUAGUAUUGAUUCAACAAAUGUUAGUUGUAUUGUACAAGUUGUAUCAAUUCUUCAACAAGUUUAUUAUUCGAUUAAUCCAGUAAAUUGGCCAUUGAACGAUACAAUACCAUUUCAAGCUUCAGUUUAUAUUGGUGAUCCAAAUCCAGGCACGGUUGUGAUAACAUGGAAUUUUGGUGAUGGUACAAUUAUUUCUAGAACAAGAACAGCAACUCAAUUUAGUCAAGCCGAGACACAAUCUCAUCGUUAUACAUCAGUAGGUACUUAUUUAUUAACAAUUAUAGUUCAAGGUCAACUUAAUACUGUGACAAAAAACUUUUCUAUUGACGUUCAAUAUCCUGUCUCAGGAUUUAUUGUAAAUUUUACAAGUAUUACCGGUUCUCCAAGGCAACUUAUUUACGGUGGAAUUCCAACAACAAUAUCAAUUAAUGUACGAGAUUUAAGUAUGCCAUUAGCAUCAAAUCCUCUUCUAUUUAUUGAUUAUAAUGAUACAAGUCUAUUAGCAACAAAUAAUGUUAUUAGUGUUGCAUUACCAUAUAAUGGUUAUUAUACAUUUUUUUCGCCCGGUAUAUAUUUAGUGAAUUUUACUGUUUAUAAUCGUGUUUCAUCAAUAACACAAAUAAUUAAAAUGGGUAUUAAUGCACCAUUUGAUAAUUAUGCAUUUACUGUUUGUUAUUUAUUACCAACAUUAACAAGUUCAUUAAAUGAUAUAUGUAAUUUAACAUUAAAUAGUGGAUCUUAUGAUAUACCUAAACAAAGUCAAUUAGUUAUUUAUGUAACAUGGACAAAUCCAAGUGGUGUUCCUGAAUUAUUUGAUAUUCUGUUUAAAAAUACUUCUAAUAUUGUAUUUAAUGAAACAUUUACAAUAAGUCAAGUAACAAAUGUAUCUGAAAUUGUUGGAAUAACUACAGGUUCACCAUUAUAUCGUUUAGUGAUUGAUUUUGAAAGUAAUCCUCUAUUAAUAGACGGUUUAUAUACUGUUGAAGUAAGAACUCGUAAUCCAUCAUAUACAGCAACGUAUUCAUUAGAUAUUUUUAUUCUUUCAAUGAUUGCUGGUUUAACAAUAAGUGAUAAAAACAUUCUUGUUCCAAUGAAUGUUUCAAAACCAUUUCUAGCUACAUAUCAAAAUUUUUCAUCAAUAUCUUGUUUAUAUAUUCAAUAUUCAGAUAAUAUAAAUGAAUGUUAUGGUAAUUCAUUAUCAUGUUUAUCAUUACCAUCUGAUUUAUCAUCGACAUUACAAACAUGUUCAUUACCAAUUCAACCAUUUGUUUAUGAAAAUUCAUCAAUUUUAUUUAUACGAACAUUUAAUAGUUCUAAUGCAUGGUUAUAUGCUUAUGCAUGGAAUCGUAUGACAACAAUAAGUUCACGAUAUUUUUUUUCAUUUCCAUUAUCAACUGAUGGUUGUAAUUUACCCUUAGUACAAUUUGAUAUUUAUAAUCCUGUAAUGCGUUGGGCACGUCGUAUACAAUGUAGUCAAGCAUUUUCCAUAGCAGUACAAAUUAUUUUUAAUUGUUCAAGUUCAUUAAAUAAUACAAAACAAUGGAAUAUAUUACAAUGUAAUACUGAUACAGAAAAAUGUUAUCAAACACAAACAUUAACUCAAUUAAUAUCUCAGUUAUCUUCAGCAACAACAUCAGAAAUUUAUAUUCGAUCACAAAUGUUACCUAUAGGUACAUAUUUAUUUAAUUUUACUGUUUCAAUGAAUUCACAAACAGAUGUCUUAACAUCAGCUUAUACUUACAUAAAAAUUAUUCCAUCAGAUAUAAGAGUUAAUUUACUUGUCGAUGGAACAUCAAUGAUAACAAAGGGAGUAACACAGAGUCUUUUAUUUCAACCAGGUGUUUAUUCAAUCGAUCCCGAUUCAAAUUAUUUUAAUGCAGAAAAUUGGACAUUUAAAUAUUAUUGUCGUAUAUAUCAACAAGCUUCAUAUCCAAGUUUCAAUGGAGAGGAAAUAACCAUUGAUUCGACUCUUAUUGAUCCAGCUAAUCCAUCGUGCUUCAAUGCACCGGGCAAUACAAGUCUUUUUACAUAUGGACCAAAUAAUAAUCAAUCAAUUCUUUAUAUUCAACCAUAUGCCUUACAAUCUGGUCGAUCAUAUGAAUUUAAAGCUAUUCUGACAAAUAUUUAUGAUGCAUCCCUUAAAUAUACAGGUUAUGCUUUAGUACAAAUUCAAGAAGUUGAUUCUGUUUUGAUAUCUGUCGAAUGUGUUAUUAGAAUGUGUACAGCAAAUGUUGAAUAUCAACGUAUCAAUCCGACUACACAAGCUCUUCUAACAUCUUAUUGUAUCGAUAAUUGUGAUAAUAUUACAGAUAUUGUUAUUCAAUGGAAUGUUUAUCAUGGUUUUACAACAGGUUAUCCAAAUAAUGACAUGCAAUGGAUUUUAUAUACAAAUAUGAGUGCAUAUGAUGGCUCACUAUUCUAUGGCCGAAAUACAAAGAAUUUAACGGUAGUAAAUACAUUAUUUUUAACUAAUCCAUCAGUUCUAUAUUGGAAAUUUGAAGCCAUCUAUACUGCAACAACAAGUAAUGGUGUAGCAACUGGUGCAGGUGCUAUAAGAUUUCUGAUUAAUUCACCACCACAAAAUGGUACAUGUACUACCGAUCGAAGAAAUGGAACAACUAUGACACUUUUUCAAUUUACAUGUUUGAAUUGGUUCGAUGCAGAUGGUGUCAGAGAUUAUACAUUUUACGCAUAUACGUCAACUAAUAAUAUUCAAAUUCCUAUCGGUUUUACAACGUUAACUAAUGUGGCAUUAUAUUUACCUAUUGGUGAUUCAAAUGCCAACUAUGCACUUCAAUUAACAGCUGAAAUUCGUGAUACUUAUGGAGCUAUUACUUCUUUUACUCUUCCAACUGUUGCUGUCAUUCCGGAUAAUACAUCAUUAACAAGUUUUAUUGAAAUAACACAACAAUCAUCAACACAAGGUCGUACUAAUGAUCCAAUUGAAAAAAUUCUCUAUGCUGGUGAUCAAAAUAUGGCCAGUCAAUUAGUUUUAUCUUUAUCACAAACACUUAAUUCCAUGAGUUCCAAUGCACGAACAGAUGCAAUAUCAGAAAAUUUACCUGCACAAAAUCUCUAUGUAUCCGGUUUAUCUGUAUCACCUUCGGCUAUGCCAACAACAAAUACAUCAGCAAAUACAAGUGAAGCAUUAGCAUCCUAUACAGCUGCUCUAAAUGCUGACGCUAAUGUUCGAGAUUAUGCUAUACAAUUUAUAUGUAAUUUAUCAAUAACAACUAUUGAUAGUAUUAAACUUCAAGCAUCAACAAUGAAUCAUUUAACCGAAGCAACACCAGCAUUAACUCGACAAGCACUCACAGUUGCUGUAUCAAAAUCUAGUGAUUUAGUUAACGCAUUAUAUGAUAUGGUUGAUACCGUAUCGUAUGAAGAUGUAAAAAUGGCAGUUGAGUCUAUUGCUCAAGUAGCAAGUAAUAUUCUUGUAGCUGUUAAUACACCAUUACUGGAACGUGGUAUUGCUCUUAGUUUGGAUUAUGAUCGAGCGAAUAUGUUACCACCAGAUUAUGAAACUGAUAUUGAAACUGUUUGGUCAAAUCCAAAUUUAUUUGCUGAUGGAGAUGAUUUUUCAUGGGAAACAAUACAAAAAAAUCGAAAUCUAUAUUAUCAACAACAAGGUUCAAAUGACAUUGUUGGACAAGUUGAAGAUGUAUUAUCAAAAGCUGUUAGUACUCUUACUUAUCAUAUGAAUGUCGGACAGACGAAUGUCAUAAGUUCAAAUUCAAUAUUGAUGAAGACUGAAAAAAGAAGAAUAGACAAAUUAGACUCUUUUACUAUUCCGCCAGCUGCUGGUACUCAAAUUAAUUUACCAACAUUAUCCUACUGUAGUUUGUUAUUUCAAAAUGAAUUUUGUUCAAAUAGUACUGCAAUUACGAUUAAUUCUGUUGUUUUACCUUCAGCAACAGCUGGUUAUAAUGGACGUACACAAACAAAUAUAAAUAUGUCCCGAAGUGUAUCAUUAAGUUUAUUCGAUUCAAAUGGAACAACUAUACCAUUGAAUAAUCUUCCAACACCAAUUGAAAUAAUAAUUCCACGUGAUCCAAAUUUACUUUUACCAUCAAUGACAUUACAAAAUGUUACUGGACAAACAAAAUUAACAAAAGAAAAUAAUAAUCGACAAUUUUCAAUUUAUUAUAUUAAUAUAACAAGUUCAACAAAAAGUUUAACUUUAUCAGCAACAUUUGAAUUUAAAUCCGAUAAUUUAUCACUUGGUUAUAUGCUUAUUUUUCGUUUUGAUGCUGUUCCAAUACUUAAUAGUACAAUGAAUCAAACAGAUGGAUAUAAAAUUUUUUGUCCAGCAGCUCAAAUUUUGACAGUUAAUGAUGGUUAUAUAUAUUCAUAUUUUCUUGAUAAUACUCGAACUGUCAAUCAUCAAUAUGUUAUAUUUGGUAUUCGUGAAUUAAAUUCAACAGAAUUUCAAUCAUAUUGUUCGAAUAAUGCAAGUCUAUCAAGUCCAAUGUCACCAGUAACGGAUACAGCAAUUAAUUUUACAUCAAAUUAUCACAUACGUGCAUAUACAUCAGCUUGUUAUUAUCUUGAUAAAAAUUCUUAUUGGCAAACAAAAGAUAUUGUAGUUGGUUCACAAACUAGUUAUGGACAAACACAAUGUUAUACCAGUCAUUUAACCACAUUUGCAGGUGGAUGGAUUGUUUUGCCAGCGCCAAUUAAUUGGAAUUAUGUAUUUGCUCAUGCUGAUUUUUCAAAAAACAAGGCAAUUUACUUAACAAUGAUACUUUUAGCGAUAUUUUAUAUUUUAUUUAUGAUUUAUGCUCGAUAUAAAGAUAAAAAAGAUAUUGAAAAACUUGGUGUUACUCCAUUACCAGAUAAUCUUAUAAAUGAUAAAUAUUAUUAUCAAAUUAUUGUAUUUACUGGUUUCAGAAAAGAUGCAGGAACAAAGUCCAAAGUUCAUUUUGUUAUUUCUGGUGAUGAUGAAGAAACAGGUGUACGUACUUUUGAAGAUCCACACAGAAAAAUUUUACAACGUGGUAGUAUCGAUUCAUUUAUUAUGGCUGUGCCAAAGUCACUUGGUCGACUUAAUUAUAUGCGUAUUUGGCAUGAUAAUUCAGGUUUAGGAAGUGAAGCAUCAUGGUUUCUUAAAUAUAUUAUUGUACGAGAUUUACAAACAAUGGAAAAAAAUCAUUUUAUUUGUCAAGAAUGGUUUGCUGUAGAAAAAGAUGAUGGAGUGAUUGAUCGUGUGAUACCUGUUGCAGGUGAAGCACAAAAAGUUGAAUUUGCUUAUUUAUUAUCGAAAACGACAUACUAUUCAAUGUCCGAUGGACAUCUAUGGUUUUCAGUUAUUUCAAGACCACCAUCAACACGAUUUACACGUGUUCAACGGUGUACAUGCUGUUUUGUAUUACUCUUGAUGUCAAUGCUUAUGAAUAUAAUGUAUUAUGAUCAAAGUGAAAUAGCAAAAUCUAAAACAGUUAAUGGCAUUAAUAUGGGGCCAUUUUAUAUCACACCAGAACAGAUUGCAAUUGGUGUUAUUGCUGAAUUAAUUUGUUUUUUACCAAGUACAAUUUUAGUUGAAAUGUUUCGUCGUUUACGUCUUCGUCGUCGUCCCGCAUCACCCGUACGUGAAGCACUUCGACGAAUGCAAUAUGAACAUGAAGAAAAACAAAAACAAGCUGCACUUAGUGAUAUACAUCCACAAUUAACUAAUUACAUUGUUAAUCCAGAUCCAAUUCUAUCAAGAAAUGAUCUUGAUAUAAUGCGAAAUACAUUAAUAUCACCAUUACCUGAUAAACAAAUUUCAUAUAAAACAAUUCAACAAGAAUCAAAAAUAAAGAAGAAAAAUAAAAAACUAACAUUACCAUGGUGGUUUAUAUUUAUUGCUUAUGGUUUAUCAUUUAUUGUUGUUAGUAUAUCAACAUUAUUUAUUAUUGCACGUGGUAUUGAAUUUGGUGAUUUAAAAACACGUAAAUGGCUAACAUCAUCUAUAACUGGUUUUUUUUCAUCAGUGCUUUUAACACAACCAAUUAAAGUUAUAUUUAUGGCAAUAUUUUUUACAUUAUUUUUUCGUCGUGAUAAUGAUGAUAUAAUUGAUGAUGAUAAUGAUGAUAUAUUUCUUGAUGGUGAUGAAGAAUAUUUACAUGCAUUUGAUGAUAGAUCUUUAUUAACAUUUCGAUCAAAAUCUGGACAUAUACCAUUAACAGAAGGUGAAUUAAUUGAUGCACGUAAUAAACGUUUAAAUGAAAUUAAAAUGUGGGACAUUAUAAGAGAAUUAUUAGCAUAUUCAUCAUUUUUAUGGAUACUUUAUGUUGUUAGUUAUUCAAAUCGUGAUCCUAAUGCAUAUUUUAUUGUCAAACAUUUAAAACAAGAUUUACUUGAUUUAAAUAGUGCAACAAAUGAUUUUACACAGAUUUAUCAUUUCAAUCAAUAUUGGGACUGGUUAAGAACAUCAUUCGUACCACAUAUUCGAGCUUCUAAAUGGUAUAAUGAUGCACCACCAACUAAUCUAACAGGUUAUAUUAAUGAUAAAACAAAUCGUAUUCUCGGUUGGGCAACAAUGCGUCAAUUACGUGUAAAACCUAAUUCAUGUACAAUUGUCUCAUCAUUUCAAAAUAUAAGUUCAUCAUGUGAAGCAGGAUAUAGUACUUUGAAUGAAGAUCAACGUUCAUUUAAUCCUGGUUGGACAUCAGUUUAUAAUUCAACUAUUGGUUAUAUUGGAAAUUAUUCAUUAUCAAUAAGAAAAGCAUUUAUGUAUAAUAAAAGUCAAUCUCUUGAUACAUAUACAUAUGUUGGUGAACAUGCAACAUAUAAUGGAGGUGGUUAUGUAUAUGAAUUUCGUGGAAAAAUGCAUGAUAUGAUAUCAAAUAUAUCAUUAUUACAACAAUUAUCAUGGAUUGAUAUGCAAACACGAGCAGUUAUUAUACAAAUGAGUUUAUAUAAUCCGAAUGUAAAUUUAUUUAUAUUUGUUACUAUUAUUGCGGAAUUUUUACCAACAGGUGGUAUUUAUCCGUCAGCACGUGUUGAACCAAUAUCAUUAUUGAAUAAUUUUCAAGGUUUUGCUUUAUUUAAAUUAAUUUGUGGAAUUCUUUAUAUGAUAUUUAUAAUUUAUUAUAUGCAACGUGAAAUUCGUUCACUAUUCAAUCAUCGUAUGAAAUAUUUUCAUGAUUUUUGGUCAUAUCCAGAAAUUGGUAUAAUAGCAUGUUCAUGGGCUGGUCUAUUUAUAUAUUUAUGGCGUAUUCGUGAAGGUAAUCGUAUUAGUGAUUUAUUUAAAGAAACAAAUGGUUAUGCAUAUGUUAAUUUACAAUUAGCAUCAUAUGUUAAUGAUCUAUUAACAUUUUUAUUAGGUUUUUGUUGUUUUUUUGGUACAGUUAAAUUUCUACGUCUAUUAAGAUUUAAUCAACGUAUAUCAAUGUUAUCAUCAACAUUAAUGUAUGCAGCUAAAGAUUUAAUAUCAUUUUCUUUCAUGUUUUCAAUUAUUUAUUUCGGUUAUUUGACAUUAUUUUUUCUUUUAUUUCAUUCAAAAAUUUUGGAAUGUUCAAAUCCUUUAAGUACAGCACAAAUGUUAUUUGAAAUGAUGUUAUUAAAAUUUGAUGUUUCGGAUUUAUAUGCGGCUGAUAUAUUUCUUGGACCAUUUUGUUUUACAUUAUUCAUAGUAUUUGUAGUUUUUAUUUGUAUGAAUAUGUUUAUUUCGAUUAUAGCGGAUUCAUUUCGAGUUGUUCGACAUAAUAUUUCAUUACAAAACAGUGAACAUGAAAUUGUUGAUUUUAUGGUUAAUCAAAUGAAGAAAUGGACAGGUAUUGGUAGACCCAAAGGAAUCGAUCGUCUUCAUUUGAAUCCAUUUGAUGGUACUCGUGUUCAUUAUCAUGAUCCUAUAACAUCAUUUCCUGAUAAAAUGGAUGAACUAUUAAUUGCAUUGAAUAAAGUUUAUAUGGAUACAAAACGUAAUGAUACAUUAAUGUUUCGUCCAAUGGGUAAUAAUACAUCCGAAAUAAUUGAAAAAACAAAUAUUAUAUUAGAUAAUACUGAUAAAAAUUUCAAAAACUAA